GAAGAUACUGUGGUGUUUUUUUGUUUUUGUUUUUAUCAUUAUUUCGAAUUCACUUGGAUAUAUCAAAUCGACAUAUGAAUGAUUAUUGUUAAUAGAUAAAACGUCGUUGAUGUAUCUAAAUGUCGAGUUGAAGUCCACAGUAAGUAAUUUUUAUCUUUUCAUGCAGAAGCUUAAAUGAAUUAGUUCUGCCUCAUAAGAAUAUAAAUAUAGGUCAGCUAACAAUAGAGUACAAUUGGUGCCUGUGGGAAUUCCAACAGACUGUUGGUAGACCUGAUCACCAAAGGCUAUGAAGGUAUUGUUAAUGAGGAAGUACAGCAUCUUUUUGAUAUCAACUUCAGAGUACUAAUGUCUUGUGCGUAGAAUCAGAGUGAUGUUUAACGAAAUAAUUGUUUGAAUGACUGAUCACAAGAUAUGAAGUAAAUAUUAUAUCAGAAAAUAAAAAAUGCACAUUUCUUUUCGUGUAACAUUGUGUAGCUCAUUCUUUUUAUAUAAAUUUUGUUUUUAAAAAGCAGAAUGACACCGAAUAUGAAGCAUUUUUAAAACAUUGUACAUUUUACUUAAUUUUAAUAUCCCCAAACAAAAUGGAUUUGGAGUUCUUUGUUCAGAAAUUAUUAUUUUUCAUUUCACUGUUUUUGGUAACUUGUGAAUUUAUACGAAUAUGACAAUAACAAUAGUUUAAUUAGAAGAGCAUUGGAAUAUGUAGUAGAACGUAAAACGCUCUUAUAUGAUAGGGAACGAAAAACGACUUAACGUGACGUAGGUCCUCCAUUAUAUUAAAAUAGUAGAGAAAUCUGGGAUAUAGGAUUAUUGAAUUUUUCGUUGUCUUUAAUUAAUAGUUAUAACCGACUGUGAAAUAAACGAUCCAGACAGUUUGUUGCUGCAGGAAUUAAAAAAAAUUGUCAUUAAAACAUUUAUCCUGAUAGUACAAAUACAUUCAAAGUAUGGAUAUUAUUUUCAUUCACGAGGUUCAACUAUUGUCACGAGUGACCAAACCAAUUCAAGGUAAUAUGUAAUGAAACCCCCACACCUGAAUACUAAUGGGAAAUUUAAAUGUUGACUGUGAAAUUGCUAUCUCAUAUAGCGUCCUAUAUUUCGUCAAUUUAAGUGAUCAAUCUAUUUAUACUUUUAACAACCUUGACUAUAUUUGAUCCAAGGAGCAAGAUAAAAUGAAUUAUCAUAAUGCAUGAUGUACAUUGACCAUGAAUAAAAGUACACGAACACAGACAUAUAUAUAGGUGACUAUGACUAUAAGAACACACAAUCAUUAAAUCCCCAUUCUCUCUAGAGACAUAGACUCAAAACACGAAUUAUCCGGAGAAAUGAAUCUUUGCGGUAACGAUUUUAGGUUUAUGGUGCGUUUUAAAUAAUGGCAUCAAUAGCGAGAUUAGACGGAAAAUUCGCGUUAAUUACAGGGGCCAGUUCCGGUAUUGGAGCAGGGGCAGCCAUUUUGUUUAGUAAACUUGGUGCAGAGGUAGCGAUCACAGGCAGAAAUGUUGACAAUUUGGCCAAAACAGCUGCCGAGUGUGAAAAGGGAAAUGGGAAAAAACCGUUUACUUUUAGCGGUGAUUUGACCAAUGAAGAUUUUGUUAAGCGACUUGUGAAAGAAACGGUAAAUCGUUAUGGGAAGCUGGACAUACUGGUCAAUAAUGCAGGGAUAGUGAAAACUGGAACUAUUGAAAUGACGUCACUGGAGCAGUAUGAUGACACUAUGAACAUUAAUGUCAGAGCUAUUUAUCAUCUGACAAUGCUUGCAGUUCCUCAUCUGAUCCAAACAAAGGGAAAUAUUGUCAACGUAUCAAGUGUAAACGGAGUCCGAUCAUUUGAUGGAGUUUUACCAUACUGUAUGUCUAAGAGUGCCAUCGAUCAGUUUACCAGAUGUACUGCGAUAGAGUUGGCCCCAAAGCAGGUCAGGGUAAAUAGUGUAAACCCUGGUGUGACCAUCACUGAGAUCCACAAGAGAGGGGGCAUGGAUGAGGAGGCCUAUCAAAAGUUUCUAGAGCGCUCCAAAACAACGCAUGCGCUAGGACGAUCCGGUCAGGUGGAGGAGGUGGCCAAUACGAUUGCUUUCCUGGCUUCAGACAGCGCCUCCUUUAUCACGGGGGUGCAAAUGCUAGUAGAUGGCGGUAAACAUAUUCUUUGUAAAAGAUAUGAAAAUCCGUAAAGAUCUUUCAACAGAUCGCUUAGAACUGUUUAAAACACAUAUACAGUCUAUUGUAUACAAUACCUGUAAUCCUGACUGUGUGGUUUCGUUACUGAGAUCAGAAAAAUGGUGGGGAGAAUACUUAGGUUUUCAAGAAAUGAUUUUUUGAUAUUAUGUUUGAAUCAGAAGUGAAAAUAUGAACAGAUGAGUGACAGGUAAAUGUACAUUUUCAUAUAGAUAAGAUAAGAUAAGAUAAGAUAAGUUUAUUCCAAUUUUGGGCCCAGAGGGCAUAACAGUAAGACAUUUUAUAAAGAAGGAAAUUCAAAAAAGAAAGAAAGUUUAUACAACAUUAACUACAGGUUACAGAGACUGCAAACUGCGUGUGGAUGCAGCAUGUUGGGGAAACAAGUACAUACAUAUAUGAAUUGCUAACCAUGUAUAUAUACAAGUAGAUGGACAGUAUCAGUAUUAUACCAAUAUAUGAAUAAUAAACUAUAAUGAUUUUUGCAGUUUUAAAGCAUCACUUCUUUUUCUGAAAGUUUGCACUAAAUAUUCACUCAAUUUGAUAUAUGCAUACCUGGUACUGUAACGUUGUGAUGCUGAUGACUGAGUGUUUCUCUGUGUAAGUAUUCCCAUAGCAUGAUUGUUAAUCUUAACGUUGUGAUGCUGAUGACUGAGUGUUUCUCUGUGUAAAUAUUCCCAUAACAUGAUUGUUAAUCUUUGCAGUAAAUUAGUUCUAUAUCCUACCUCAGAAUUUGCUUGUGAAUCAACGAGUCAGUUUGUACUUACACAUCAUAUAACCCAUGAACUAUAUUUCUUAGACUCGUUUUUAUGUGAUGUUGUUUUUAUAUUUACAUGUAAUAGAAUUUCACAGAGAAUAAAGCCUAUAAACGGAAA